ACACACACACACACAAACCAAACCCAGCUGUGAGAGACCCUCUGAUGGUGAAUUGUACACAAUUCAAUAUUUUAACAUGCAAAAUCCCAUUAAUAUAAUCCCGGAUUGUAUCAUCAUCACAUAAACUAUUCCAAACAGAUCCAUUUCCAACCUAGAGAUCUUAUUGCACUUAAUACCCCGAUCGUAGAUACUUUGGCUAAAAACCAAUGUUUUUGUCUUCCUGGGGUUCCUCUGAAACUUGUGUGUUGUCCUUCUCCGAUGAAGCUUCUGUUGUGUAGGUGAUUCCUAGAACCAUCUUGGGUUUCUAUUUUUGGAAAGGUUAUAACGGACUUUGAUGUUGGCGGGUAAGUUUCUGAAAAUGGAAAGUUCACGAAACAUGAGGGCAGAGAAGAGAGGCUAUGAACAAGGUCCGGAUGAGGAUGGGGCUUAUGAUGAGACAGAACAUCGCAGUCAAGAAUCGAAGAGACCGAAGCUACCCGGUUUGGCUAGUGUGAUUGUGGAAUCCCUGAAGGUGGAUAGCUUGCAAAGACUUGCCUCAACUUUGGAACCUAUGCUUCGAAGAAUUGUCAGUGAGGAAUUGGAGCGUGCUUUGACGAAAAUAGAACAUGUUGAACUGCCUGGAAGGUUUGUUCCAACCAAAUUAUCUUUAUUUCGAUGUCUCCACCUAAAUGGUAGAAUUAGUGAUAUAUUGUUCACAUUUUUCACUUCUGCCAGGUCUCCACCGCCCAGAAUACUAGGCUCAGAAGAGAGAAAUCUUCAACUGCAAUUUAAAACAAAAAUGCCACCGCAUCUAUUUACAGGUGCGAAGGUUGAGGGAGAGCAGGGAGCAGCGAUUCAUGUUGUGUUGCUAGACUUGAGUAAAGGCUGUGUUGUACAAACAGGACCAGAAGCAUCUGCAAAGCUGAAUAUUGUUGUAUUGGAAGGUGACUUCAAUGAAGAAGUUGAGGAUGGUUGGACCAAAGAACAUUUUGAAAACUAUGAGGUAAAGGAACGUGAGGGGAAGAGACCACUUCUAACAGGGGAUGUACAAGUCCUUCUUAAGGAAGGGGUGGGUACACUUGGAGAGCUUACUUUCACAGACAAUUCUAGCUGGAUAAGGAGUAGGAAAUUUAGGCUUGGAGUUAAGCUUGCCCCUGGAAACUGUGAAGGAACUCGUAUUUGUGAAGCGAAAACAGAUGCUUUUUUGGUUAAAGAUCACAGGGGAGAAUUGUACAAGAAACAUUACCCGCCGGCAUUGCAUGACGAGGUGUGGAGAUUAGAUAGAAUAGCAAAGGAUGGAGCUUUACACAAGAAGCUGAUUAAGGCUGAGAUUGUAACUGUUGAAGACUUCCUCCGUCUUCUUGUUAAAGAUCCGCAAAGAUUAAGAAGUGUACUUGGGAGCGGUAUGUCCAAUAGAAUGUGGGAAAAUACAGUGGAGCACGCAAAAACUUGUGUCUUGAGCGGGAAGCUUUAUGUUUACUACACUGAUGAAUCUCAAACCAAGGGUGUUGUUUUCAACCAUAUUUAUGAGCUCAGAGGCCUCAUAGCUGAUGGACAGUUUUUCUCCUUAGAGUCCCUCACUCAUAGUCAGAAGGUCUCUGUGGAUACUUUGAUGAAGAGAGCAUAUGAUAACUGGCAUCAAGUCGUUGAAUACAAUAAUAUGAUGGCUAUGACUGCACCUGCGGCAGUAGCUACCAACAACAAUUCCUUAGAGCACCAUUCUACAGCUACUCAAAGCAGGCCGCAGUAUAACACUGAUUUCAGCCAACAGUUUCGUAUAGAAAAUAAUCAUCCACCCGUCGUCCCUCAAUUUGUUCCAUUUGUGAGGUCUGAUCAAACAUCUUUGGUCAAGUUUAGCAACCCACAAACAACAUUACCUAGCACCACAGGUUACAUGUCACUUGGAGGCACAUCAAAUUUUUCAACAGAUUGGUCACGGCCGAUUUAUGGGAAUGGGUUUGAGGACUAUAAUGUUGCAGAUGAAAUCCGGAUUAGAAGUUCCGAAAUGUUGGAGACGGAUGACAUGCAGCGACUUUUAAUGAAGACAUUUAGUAUGGGAGUUGGUAUCGGAACAGGGUCUAGUUUUGGUCAUUCUGAUGAAGGAUGUUACAACUAUAGUGCACAGUAUGAGCCUCAUGCAGCUCAAUCAAUCAGAAAAGAGAAUGGAAAAAGCUCGGGGAAAGCUGUUGUUGGAUGGCUUAAGCUCAAAGCCGCUUUAAGGUGGGGAAUAUUUGUUAGGAAGAGAGCUGCAGAACGGAGAGCUCAGCUUACACUUACAGAACUAGAUUGAAUGUAAUUGUUAUGUUAUUUUCAUAGCCUGUUUAUCAUGGAAGUGACUUUUGUUUUGAUUAUUUACGUUUUUAAUGCUUUGUUUGUUUCACGAGGGAAUCAAAUUAGGAGUUUAAAUGUUUAA